CUCUCGCGUCCCCCUCCCCCGUGCUGCCGCUGGCUGCAUCUUCAUCCGUUGACUUCAUUUCCAUCGUUUGGAGCUGUGAAACAUGGCCUCUCCAAGGACAAUAACCAUUGUAGCCCUGUCCUUUGCUCUGGGCUUGUUUUUCGUCUUCAUGGGGACCAUCAAGCUCACUCCGAGACUUAGCAAGGAUGCAUACAGUGAAAUGAAAAGGGCAUACAAGAGCUACGCAAAAGCGUUACCUGGUUUAAAGAAAAUUGGAAUCAGCUCUGUUCUGCUUCGCAAGAUCAUCGGCUCCCUGGAGGUCGGCUGCGGUGUGGUCCUCACCCUGGUGCCGGGCAGACCCAAGGAUGUGGCCAACUUCCUGCUACUACUAGUCAUGUUGGCAGUCCUUUUCUUCCAUCAGCUUGUGGGAGAUCCUCUUAAGCGCUACGCCCACGCUUUGGUUUUCGGUAUUCUUCUAACCUGCCGACUGCUCAUUGCUCGACAGAGCGAAGACCGGCCGGAGAGAGAGGAAAGUAGAGAAGAUCAGCAUGUCAACGACCAGGAGAAAAACAAGGUCAAGCAGUCUUAAAGUUGCUUAACACUGAAGGGAUCCUCCUGGUGCGCCACAAGGGAUUUUAGGGUGCUGGCUUUGAAGUGAAUAAACGUUUACGAAAAGUACCCCUCACACUUAUCCGUCCUCUUCAGCUGGCUGACUGGUUAUUCACCAUUAUUACUCCUCAUUAUUGUGAAACUGAGGACUUUCGUCCAUUCUUACUCUACACCACUGUGGACAAUCAUCCCUGUGAACACUGGUGGAUUCACUUCUCAGAUUUUAUUCCACAUCUUGCACUGUUGUCCUUGGUUGUUUUUAAGCUUUGAGUUGAAUUUGUUGAGAUAUUUCUACAAACUGUACACUGUUUUCAUUUUUAGUACUGUUGUGAGAAGCGGAGAUUCGUUCAUUGGUGCAUGAUGUUUCAUUAAGUUAUGAAUAUAAUCAUUAAAUGGAAACCUUCAGGGCCAAUACAUUUUUGAAGACCUGUUCAUACACUGGAAUAAAUUCUUGUAAUACCACUUCUUAAUUUAUUAGUUAGAAAAAAAAAUCAAUUUAUAAGGCCGGAUGAGGACAUGCUCAUGUCAAUGUAGUGAGUCCUGUCAGUGAGUUUAAUCAGGUGUUUGUUUCAGCUACAGAAGCUACUACUGUUAUUUUUAAUAAAAAUGCUAUUGUUUAGUUCUCACUUUCUCACCACAUUUCUUUGCAAUACGACUGGAUGGUUGACAUGCCUUUAUGUCAAUUUUUUUUUUUUCUGGAAGACUCAAAUAAAGAAUUUUAAAA